CUCCUUCUCUAUAACAUACAAAGACCUUGUACAGUUCUUUAUUAAUUCCAGGGCUGUCUGUAUCAGAACCAAGGCACUCCCUUCCCAAAGAAACCGAACCAUGAGUGGAAUGUGUGGACUCCGUGUCAUGCUCCCUCUCAGCCUGGUUAUGCUUGUGUUCUGCUCCACUGGUCUGGCCUUGACGUGUUAUAACUGCCAAUCGUAUAGCAGUGAGAAGUGUGAGCAAAAAAUGCCGUGUCCAUUGAACCAAAACGCCUGUCUUAAAAUCACAACAGAUGGCAAGUCAAGAUCUCAGUGCUGGGAAAUGAACAGAUGUGAAAUCUCCUCUGUUAAAAAUGAAUUUCAGCUGACUAAGUUCACUUCUAGUUGCUGCCAGACCGACCUCUGUAACAGCGGUAGAAGCAGCCUGCCUGUUACCUCUUUGGUUCUCAGUUUCGCUGCCGCUAUUCUGCUGAUAUUCUCCUGCUGAGUGUCCUGCUCCCUCUUCUGCAAACUGUUUGGGAUCUGAUCGCAAGCAAACGUGACCUUCUCUGCUUCAAUGGCGAACGAGCUGAAACUAAGUAUCUACAACCUGCAAAAACAUCUUAGUCCAUAUACCUGUAAAGGCUUUUCUGUAAUUGCGUUGCGCUUUUCAUUUACUGGAUUGGGUCCUAGGUAAACAUUAACACAUUUUUUAGUUGUAGUCACUUAAAUUAUCACUGCCGUCCUUUCCAUAUGUUUGAUUAAUUGCACUAAAAUAACAAUGCGAUAGUUAUGCACAUACUCACGUACUAGUGAUAUAUGAAUAAUGUGCCAAAGUCACAGCAAGCACAGGUCUGUGUGUCUAGUUAUUCGCUGCGGGCACCCUUGGGAUUUAAUUUAAGGGACGGUGUAAUUUUUAAUUCAUUUGUAUAACAGAGAUUAAUA